AUGUCGAAGCGCAAUCUUCUCUUGUGUUUUGAUGCUUUUGGUACUCUCAUCAGACCUGCUCGCCCUGUUGUGCAGCAGUACGCAGAGAUUGCGAGACAGUGUGGCGUGACUGAUUUUGAUGAUCAUGAACUUCAGUCUUCUCUGUUGGCGGCCAUCAAGAAGGAGGCUGCAAAGAAUCCCAACUAUGGAAAGGCGACUGGAUUGGGUGCGACUAAGUGGUGGACCAAUGUCAUCCACAACACCUUUACACCCCUAAUUCGGAACAAUCAACCCCUGCCAAAAGAACUGGCUCCAGCGCUUCUCCAUCGUUUCGCAACCAAAGACGGAUACGACACCGAGCCGAACCUGGUAUCAGCCCUCAAAGCUCUCAGACGACAAAAGUCCCAAUUGCAUUUCGACGACGUCGUAAUCGGAGUCGUUACAAACUCUGACGAUCGCAUUCCAAGCAUCCUUUCAUCGCUGGGACAAGACUAUGACAUUGACUUCCACUGCAUGUCAUAUGAUGUUGGUGUUGAGAAACCAGACAAGUUCAUCUUUAACGCUGCUGAAAUGAUGCUGGCUGAAAUCAUCGCCAUGCGAAAUGGCAAGAGUCCAGCUGAAGCCAGGGCGGACAUUGAAUCGUGGCAAAAGGUCCAUGUUGGUGAUGAGCAUGCAAAAGACGUCGUCGGUGCGGCCAAUGCAGGUUGGAAAUCGGUCUUGCUGGAUGGCGAAGAGGAAGCUGCCACUAUUCCCAGGUUGGAGGACCACCCAAAUCAGACACUUGAGAAACUUUACAAGGACAAGGAUGUUGUCACGGUUGAUUCCCUACAAAACUUGAUCGCAUGGCUCACGAAUGAUGCUCCCAUCAAAUGA